AAUUUGCAGCAUUCAACUCAUAUGACUUCUAAAACAGACAAAGGAGCUGCAUCUGUAUCUGGUGACGAUGAGCAGUUUGUCGUAGUGAGAAGGAAUGGAAGGAAAUCUAAGCGACGAUCUCGUGGAAGAGAUGAGAAUGUUGCAACAGCUGUUUGUUAUCUAGGAGAUCAGGUUUCGAUGGAGAGAAUUGACACAGUUAUGAGGAAUGCCUGCACCAACAUCGAAUUGAUCAAGUAUAGCCAGCAGAUCAUUACUUUACUUCUCAAAUCCCUCUCUGGACGUCAACUAUCAAGCAUUUGGGCCCUUGGACUGGGUUCUUUCAGUUAUCCCUAUUAUCAUGGUUGUGAUCAGCUAGCGCUGUUGCUUGAGUUGCAACAUUAUUUUGGAUGUGAAGUUUAUUUUCAAGAACCAUGCUUGACAGAAAUGGAAAAACUUUGGUUGUGCAAUCAUGCUAUUUCCUUAUCGGGAACCAAAGAUUUGUUAGAAUGUCGGAUAUCCGAUGAUGAUGAUGAUGAUAAUGAUAACAAUGAAAAUGUUGUGCUAUUUUACGCACCACAUUGUGGUCAUGCCAUAUACAACAGUGUAAUUUAUGCGCACAGGAAGAAACUAAAAAGGAUUAUUAUUGCAGGUAACAACCUUCAUUCGAUGUAUAAUAUGUCCAGACAUUUGGCAAGAUAUGAGGAAUCUGUGUUAAGCCCGGAAGAAUGUUCUCUGAAAGAAUGCAACGUAACAGAUUUGGAAAUGUCUAACUAUAAUGAACUUCAUUCUCUUUCACUAUAUAGUAAAGUGUGUACAUUGUUAGAAUUUCCAAUUUUUAAGUCAAAUUUUGCUGUUUUUAACGAUACAGCGCUCCAUUUUCUGUCACAAAAUACUCCAUUGCCAGAAAUUUCCGAAGCGAAGCCAAAGUAUCGAUUGUUUAGGCACGAAAUUGUGAUUUGAAAUAUUCUAAUGAAAAUCAUGAUUGAAAGAAAUAGAUUACGAUCUGAACUUUGCAUGUUGCUGUUUAGGUGCCCCCAGCAAUUUUCUGUGGAAUCAGUUUUUGUUACAAUUUUUACCCUUUUUUAAAUCUUCUAUAGAUUAGUAAUUAUUGUGCGUCAUUUCUCAUAAACAACAGUGAAAUAUUGUCUUUCAUUCAACGUUGUUUUUUAUUAUUGUAAUUCGUAAAUCAUGACCAUGACCCUAUAGCAAAAGUAACAUUCACAUGUUUUGAAC